AUGAAAAGUCAAUCUAGUGAAUUUUCACCAGAUUAUCUGCCAAUCAGUUAUAAUAACAUUCAUAAAAGUAGUGUUUCUGCUAUUAACACUACACAUCAUGGUGACAAUAACAGCAGUAAUAGUAAUAAUAACGUUUUAGCAUUUAAUCAAUGUUCAUCCGAUAUUCCACAACCUUUAAGCAAUCUUGUGAUUCCGUCAGUUUGUAUCGCACGUAAACUUAUUUGGUGCAAUCAAAAGGAAGUUGCUGAGCUUUUGCUAGGGGCAUGUGUACACCCCAACUGGCUUUCAUCAGUUAUUCAAGUUCGUCCUAGAAAUGGUUCUAUUAUUUUUUAUCGACGAGAAUUGGCCACCGUAGCACGUAAACAAGAUGGUUAUCUAUGGAAAAAGAAACCAAAUCGACGUACUACUAAAGAAGUUCACAUGGUCCUUAAAGUUCAAGGGAUCGAGUGUAUUAUCGCCAACUAUGCACAUUCCGCUUUAAUCUCUACGUUUCAUCGACGAACCUAUUCAUUAAGAUUUAAUCCUUCUAUUGUAUUAUUUCAUUAUUUGAAUGUACCCUUAUUAACUCAUGAGAAUAAACUUUGUUUACCAUUACCUAAUCUAAGUGAAAAUGAUCGUAGUGAAUUAACUUAUGCUCAACUUGUUGAACAGUUAGUGAAUAUGUUUAAUAAUUUCCCAAAACAUAUCAUGAAGCCUGGUGUUGACCAAAUUCUAAAUUUCGAUUUAAAUUUCUCUAAUUUAAUUCAGAUUCUGAGUGAUCGUAUUUGGAAUUCAUCAGUGAAUCCGAAUUCCCCUCCAUCAUCGUCAUUAUCAUUUCUGUCUGAUAAUUCAUAUAGAAACAUAACGUGUAGCAGUGUUGUGAAGAGUAUGUCUUCACUACAAUCUGAUAUAAAUCAUCGUCAUCAUCAUCCGCACACAGCUGUAUUUCUCCUUAUCACACCCAAAUUAAAUGAUAAUUAUCAGACAAAUUUGGAAUUAGUCUUUUCGAAUAACAAGUCUUGUCGAACGAAUCCUCAUACGCGAAAUAUUCGCGGAUAUCAGUUUUCAGAUAUAAUUAAUAACAAUAAUAAUGAAAAUAAUGAUGAUUACAUUCCAUUCAUAUUCUCUUCUUCAAAACCAAUAAAUAGAUAUUGUCAAAACAAUGAAACUUCGAAUUAUGAUAAUAACAACAAUAUUAACUCAAACAAUAAUGAUAGUAAUCCAGACAGAGAAGUAGAGGCAAGUUCUUCUGUGAACCAGUUAUUGUUUCCUAAUGAUAAUAAUAAUAAUAGUAGUGUAGAAUCUAAUAAUUUGCUAUCUGAUGUUGUAAUUAAUUGGGCUAAUGAUUAUCCCUAUUCAUUAUCACUAACAAUGAAUAACUUUGAAAAUUUUAAUACAACAAAAAGCAUCGAGUCAAAUGAUAGUCCUGAUCAUCAAAAUGUCGAUGAUGUUAAUCAUAAUCAUCAGUAUGUUAAUACUGAUGGUAGCACACAUUCCAAUGACAACAUCACCACUACUUCUACUACUACUGCUAAUAAUGGUAAUAAUGAUUAUUUUCAUAUUAAUGAAGAAGAACAAGUAGUAGUAGUAGAAGAUCCAACUAGAAUAACACCCAUUGAAAUAGGUUAUUCUGAUGAAUUAAUAAAUUUCACUGAUUUAAUCAUCACAACAUCAACACCUUCACCAUUUAUCUCAACUUAUACUGAUGAAGACUUAGGACUUUUAUCAAAUGAAUUAAUUACUGAUAAUAAUCUACUUGGAAAUGAUUUUACAGCGAUAACAACCACAACAACUGCAAUAAGACCCACUAGCAAAAUAAUCAAUAAUGACUGUAAUGAUUGUUGCUGUGUAACAGAACAGCAUCAAUCUAAUCAUAAAUUCUUUUCAAAAGAACAUGUUUCCAGUGAGUUGUCGUCUAGUAAUUUCAAUGUUCAUACAAUAACUAAUAAUGGUAGAUAUGCUGUACAAAUUAAUCAUGUUAAUAUCGAUAAAGAAGUGAUAAAAAACAAUCGGUUCAAUAAUCCUUUCAGUGAAAUUGAUGAGAAUUUGAAUCUUGAAACUUGUAAGAAUAUCUACUCAGCCAAUCAUCGUUUACCUCUGAUAACAAAUGUGUAUGAACCUGAAAAAAACGAAAGUUUUGAAAGCGCACAAUUUAAUUGCCAGCAAAAUGAUGCUGCUUGUAAUCCAUUCAUAUCUGAUGGAGGAUACUCAGAGUACAGUUUUGGUCGGUGCAAUAAUAUAGAUUUGCUCAAAUUAAAGCUCUCAGAUGAUCUAUUACGUUGGAUAGUGUUUAUUCGCUUUAGUUCAUUAGCACCGGGUAUUCAUUUAUCCAUUGACAUUGAAGAUGAAUUCAUUUUAUUACCAAAUCAUAAAUCUAGAAUAUUUAGCAAGUCAUUCGAUGAAUCUAAUUAUAAUAGUACAUUAAUUACGUCGAAACAUAUGGAUGAUAUACAUUCUGACAAUGUUUCGAAUUCAAUGCUUAUAAAUUAUUUAACAAGUAACUUUGAUGAAUAUCCUAAGUUGAAUAUACCACUACGACAUGAUCAGUGUGCAGAUAAAUUGGAAAUGUAUUUAAUUCUACAACUAGUUGAAUGGAUGAAGAAAACAAAUAAUAUUAGUAAUAAUAAUAGUGAUAGAACAAAUCAAAGUUCUGUCAGUUACUUAUUAGAAGCUGAAAAUGAAUUUGAUGAGUUCAAUAUUCAACAAUUACAAGAACAAAUGACUUCAUUGAAGAUAGAUAUUUCUCUUUUAAGUUGUGCAGCUGCUUUGGGUUAUUCUGAACUGAUACUAGGACUGUUGCAAUGGGCUGUACGAAUUUAUUGUAAUCAACCUACAUCAUUCUUUACAGAUCACUGUAGUACAACUUUACAGUCAGAUGUCGAUACAGAUUUAUCUAGGAUCUUAUCUCUUUUACAUGAUUUGACCCCAAAUAAUUCCCCCUCCCUUGCUUAUCCAACACUCACACCAUUGGGUUCAGCUAUUCUGUACGAACAGGUUGUAACAACGAAGCUCUUAGUAGUAUGGGAUCCAGAUGCUCUUCAUAAACCUUGUUUAUAUAAUUCAUUAUCAUCGUGUUCAAAAUUGGGUGAUGAGUUUACGCCAGAAAAAUUAGCAUUGGUUAUCAAAAGUGAAUCUAUGCAAAAGUGUAUUGAACAAUUGGAAGUACAAUAUUUUUCAUCGAAUGCACAAAAUUAUGCAACAGAUACUGUUAGAACUAAGUUAGAAAGACUUAUUAAUUAUACGGAAACAUUUACACUACCAAAUCAUAUUGAUCUAACGGAAAUUGAUGUUAAUACAAAACCAUCGUCAUUUACUCACUCAUUGUUAUAUACACAAUCGAAUAUGAUUAAGUUAGACUAUUCAAAGCGAAAUUAUAGUCUAGACGUAUCUAUUGAUGAUGAUGAUAUUCCAGAAGAAUCACUUUAUCACUCCACAUCGUUACAUAAUAUCUGUAGUACAAGUUAUCAUUCAAAAAUUUUAAAGUCUUUACCAACACCAGCAGCCAAUCAGUUGGUAGGUAAUUCAGAUAAUUUUAAAUAUGCAGUCGAGAAUAACAACAAUUCGUUCGAUACUCAUCAUCAACUUUAUGAGGAUGACAUUACUUUGAAUUCAAAUAUAAAACGUAAAAAUAUAUGUACCUGGCGUAAACAAACAUACAAUCGACGUCAUCAUUGUCAUAAUGGUCGUUUAGAUUCAACUUCUCUUUAUGCUAGUGUAACAAAUUUAAUGAAUGAUGAUCAUUCUCAAAUGUUUUGUUUAGCUGACAGAAUAAUUGAAGCUAUGCCUAGGCGUAUUGUUAAUCUUCAUAAUCAAAAUUGUGAUGAUCUGCUAUCAACCCACGUAGAUUAUGAUAAUGAUUAUAAUUGUGAAGAGUCCCAUUCUUCUUCUAUCCAGUUUUCUGAUUCAGCUUUAGGUGAAAGUAUUGCUUUGAGUCGAGCACCAGUUGACCAACUCAAAUCACAUUCUUCAUUGUUGCAUUAUGAACCAUUCACUUUAGCCACUAAUACUAAUUCUAUUACUAAUCCUAUUCAGUUAACAAAUAAUGAUGAUACAAACAAAUAUUCAGUUAAAAUCUUUCCAAAUAUAACAACAAAAUCAUUUAGUAAUAAUCAUAAAAAUAAUAAAUCAGUUGGUUCAUUUAAUUCACUUCCAUCGAAACGACCUUAUCGUGAUAAAUAUUUGACAUUAUAUAACAGUUUUAGAUAUCGUGGUGUUGGCAUCGAUGAUUAUCCAGAGAAUAAAGUGAAUCAUCAGUUAAAAAGUGCUUUACUUAGUUUUCAUGAACCUUUGAGAAGAAGAUCAUACUUUACUCCUCCUAUUCAAAAAAAUAAAAGUAAAUUGAAAACUUUCAAUGAUGAUGAUGAAAUCAGUAAUGAAUUGAAUUCUCAUGAAACUGGAGUUAUCACGUCAAAUUCAAUGUUCGAUACACCUUUUAGUUCUACUAGUUUUAUGAGUUCAGAUUUAAAUAAUGAAAAUGAUUUUGAUGUACUUCGAUAUGAUCGUCAAGGGAAAUCAUUAAGCGCUUUCAGUUUAAAUAGUCCACCACCGUCUACAGCACAAAUUGCUGAACAUUUUAAUGCAGUACCAGGAAAUUUUAUGGAAACUGACUUAAGUAGAUUAACUCUAUCGGAUAUGGAACAGAAACGUUUAUACGAAGCAGCCAAAAUUAUACAGAAAUAUUAUCGAGCUUAUAAAAAACACAAUCGGUCGGCGAUUAUUCAAAAUAAUAAUAAGAAAUUGUCCAAUACAUUUAUACCUAAUCAUGUUUUAUGCUCUUCAUCAAACCAUGAUUAUACUACUGAAACAGAUUUAAGUACUUUUGAUAAAUCCUUAUCCAAUAAUAAUGCUUAUUCAAAAAGUGUGUGUGAUGUUAACAACACGCAUCAGAUUGUACACCAACUUCAGCAGAAUAGCAAUACUGUCAUCUCUCUAACUGAUAAACAAGAAUGGAAUAAUGAUGUUUUACUGGGUUUCGAAAAUGAUACAUCUGUAGGCCUUGAAGUGGAAAUAGAAACAUCAUACGAUAAUACAAUAACCAAUGAUAAUGAUAAUUCAUAUCAAGUUCAGUCUAUUCAGUCUGGUCAAUUGUCUUUACCUGGAGAAACAAAUUCCAAUUGUUGUUUGAAAACAACAACUAACUUUUCCAAUUGUAUCUCAACUUCAAUACAAUCAUUGAAUUCACCACAACCAUCAAUCACUUCAUCAUCCAGUGGGCCAUGUAAUAAAGAAAUUGAGGCUGCAAUUAUUAUUCAAAGUUAUUAUAGACGUUAUAAACAGGUACUUAGUAUAUUUAUCUGUCGUUUAUUUACUUUCCAUUGUAAUCGGUAACGUAUUGACUUAUUUAAUGGAGACUUUCCAUGAGACGAUUAUUAUUGAAUAUUUGUUAGAAAUUAUUCUUUACGAAUGCUAUAGCAUGUUUGUGUCAUCUUCUAUUUCGCGUCAUUUGAUUUACAGACAAAUAGAAAUGAAUUCACCUUACUUCACAAUGUUCGUUAAUUUUGCUUUAGAAAAAUUAAUGUGACACGACAAUUUCUCUUGUUUUUUGUCUUUUUUGAACUCAUUUUGGAAAAAAUUCAUCAGAUUUAUAUUAUGACAAUUAAGCUACUUAACUUGACUAACAUUAAGAUAAAUUUUUCUUAGUAUCAUGUGGCUGGAGGAAAUUGGUAAAAAGUCCUCGAUCUAGGUUUCGUACUGAUUGAUAGACAUCAAUAAGGUGUAUCUACGAUCUUCUGAAAACUGAUCACUAGAAAUUCAAACCAGUUCCACAUAGCACCGCAGUCAGAGAUUUUAGCAAUUAGCUAUUUGAAUUACGACUGACCUGUGGAACUCUAAUAAUAACACAAACCGGUAACUUAAUGAAUAUUUGAGUUUAUCGAGAAGAGCUACUGAAUGCUCGGUGUCUACAAAGAUUAAUACGUGUUUGUAUAUAUGAUUAGUUGUAGCAUUCAACUUUUUUUCUAUUUCAUUAGUAUGCAUAUUAUAAACGAUUAUGUCAAGCUGCACUUUUAAUUCAAAAUCGAUAUCGUUGGUAUGUAAAUCGAAAGAAGAAUGGUAAUAGCGCGGGAGUUUCAGCUGGUCCUAAACUUAGAAAACCUAGAUCAAGUCAAUGUAAUAAUCCACGAUACAGGUUUGUGUUUAGUAUCAAUAUUCAAGUGUCUUGUUUUAUUUUUAGUUAAUGCAGUCUUACGUUUAUUUUAACAAAUCUAGCUGGUUAGAAACCUCACGGCUAUCAUAACCAGUGAAUAGACACUUUGAAUGAAGUGGCUCAGAAUCGUUCGAACUUGCGUAAAUGCACUCACUCUUUGACUUUCUUCAGAACUCCAGUCUCGAAGUUUCCUUGAAACGUUUUUUCACUAAACGUUUCUACUAUUUUGAGAUAAUUUAUUUUCGCUGUGCUAACGUGGUAUGGCAACCUGAACAGCUGUGGACAUAGAUUUCAGGUUGUACACUGUAGAUGCCUAACUAAUUAACUGAUAUAGCUCAUCAUCCGAACCUUCUUAUGGAGUUGAAUGACAUGGAAUGAACAGUACAAAUCCUAGUGUUAACCACCGGCUCACUACUGUUUAUUGGAAUAUGUAGUAACAACGUGUAAUCUGAAGAUUGUUUUGAUUAGGGACUGAACUUAGAUGAAAAGCUGUUGACAAAUUAAAGUCAAAUGAACAGUUGUUUUACACGGGAUUAAACCCCAAGUCUUUCAAAUCUUAGUAGGAAUUACUUUGAUUAUUAACCUUUUUACAUAAUUAAAUUAUGCAUUUAAGACGACAACACAGUUUCAAACCGAUGUCAGCCACCAUCAUGUCUAUAUUCAAAUAAUCAAGUUUUUUUCAACCAUCGAAAAAUAUGAAUGGCUAAAGCGUUUUGUAUAUUGCUGAACACUACUGCACCCAAUCAAAAGGAAAGCCUAAUUAUCCAUCUAACUUCAAGUACUUAUCCAAACAGUCAAAUUAGGCACACCUGUUAACACACACAAAUCAGCUCUACAUCUUCACAUUACGAAUUUUACAUUUUUCAUACCCACCUAGAUAUGCAUCGAUAAACACAAAAAUUGUCUCACCUUUGACCUGAGUGAUGUAACAUUAGCAUGAUAAACUUUGUUCGCAUUGUACAUAUUACCUUUUUUGUUUCUCCAUGCUAGUUAAAAUUAAUUUUAAUUCGGUUGUUCAUUGUGAUCUGAAAUCAAUUAAUGAAAACUAGGAAGCAGUGGAUCCCUACUAUGCGACUGCCUCACCGAAAAUGGAAAAUGGUUGAGCCAAUGUCAUUAAUUGACUGACGGUAAACACGCAAACCAUUGGUCGCUGACUCAGUGACCUAAACGUUAGGCGUUCGCUACGAGACGUAGACGUCCUAAGUUUUAUGUCCGGUCGGUUAGUAGGUGGGCACGACUGAGGAGUCGCACAUUAGGAUCAAACAACUGUCCAGUCCUUCCUGGUUUGCAUUGGUUGUCGAACUUGUGUCGAUUCCUGUUUUCAAUAAUAUUCAGCAAUCUCCGUAAACUUCUAUACUGACAUUUAUUUAUUCUGUUAAAAAGCUGAUUUACAACAAUUCACGAAAUGUCAAAAAUUCAGUUUCCCACUCAUUGAAAUAUUUCAAAUAGAUUUUUAUAUGUAUUAGUAUAAUUACAUACAUAUGGCAACAAUUUUUCCCUCCAUGUAAACGCACAUUACAUUUAUACAUUGUGGAUAAUAUACUUCAUUUUCUUCUAGGUCAGUAUGUACACGAAAACCAAAGGUGAAUAAUAACACAGGUGGUGCAGUAAAUAUUGGGUAAGAUCAGUUAGUGUGAUAGAUUAAUCUUUUUUUGUGAACAUUUAGUUUACUAGAAUACUAAACAGUUUGUCUUUUUGCUUAUAUCAUGUUAAAUACCACCGUUAAAUACCACCACCGGUUGAGUGGUUUAAAGAUUAAGCGUCUGCACAUGGGGCUGAAGGUCUUGGGUUUGAUUCUCAUUGUCAGGGUAGUGAGUGAGCACUGAUGGGGAGUCCUAUACUAAGACGAAUCGGUCAUCCAGUGCUUCCUAGUUUAAUUUUGGUCGGUUGAUGAUUUAAACGAUACUGCAUACAGUGCUUACUGUAUAUGCAAAUAAAAUAAGCUUACUGUCGAUAAGGGAAAAUGUGAUAAAAUGUUAGCUAGUUAAUACCAUCAAGAUGGGGAGACGGUGGUCCUCAGUAUUAGCCUGCAACAUAGCUUUAUUCAGUCUUCUUUCUCACUUACGACGUUUUAAUCAGUAGUUUGUGUGAAUAAUCAACAGGUUACAAUUUUUUCAUUUCAUUUUAGUCUUUGUGUUUAUUUCACCUUCUAAGUGUAUCCUCUCCUUCCUUCACUUAAUACCACCCAUCUAGUGUUCGUCUCCGAAAACCUAUUGUCUCAGUAAGUAAUGAUCGUUAUUUACCAAUGACUUAAAUAGUAACAAUGAUGUAGUAUUGUCGUGUUAUUAUUGUAAUUCCUCUAUCGUGUUUUCUUGGUCAUAAUGUUGUCUAUACUAUGUUUCGUCGUAAAUUGUUAAAGUAUGUUUUAUUUUAUUAACAAUCCUUUAUUGUUCAGUGGUAUCACAGUUGUCGUAUUAAAAAUGUAAGUGGUGUGAUUUCACUAAACAAAUCGAUCGCACAAGUUGAAAAAGAUUACUAAAAUAAUUUUGGCAUAAGGUGAAACCGGGGAAACAUAUAUUGUGAUUUAAGUUGUUACAUUUAAAUUGUUAUUCUGUACUAAAAGAACAACUCUCAAUUACACGCUUGUUUUUUGUAAAAAAUCAGACUCCCUGUUAUAUUGUUAGUUGUCAAAUUUAAUUCUUUCCCCAUUAUUCAAGUCAGAAUUCGACAAAACUUUGAAUAAUUCAUUUCUUUUCCUGUUGUUCAUGAAGAUGGAUUGAAUUUAAAUAUUAUUUAAUAGUGUAUACCAUUGAAUUUUGACUUAAAAGGUAUGGUGUUCUCUGUGACAUUUGGUUUUUCAAUUCGUUUUUCUCUCCAUUUUACUUCAAUCUGUAAUGACAACUAUCAUCACAUCAUCAUAUCUGUUGUGUAUUCAGUUUAUAUACGUUUCUAUCUUAUGUUUUGCCGUAAUACUAUCCAUUAAAUAUUCCGUUUUUUUGUUGCUUACUACUAUUCUGUAGAUUUCCGGAUGCAUAAGACAUCGAUCCGCUACCCGGUUAUCUUCAUUCAACAACACUCCUUAUAUCCCUUUAAUCAAUUCACAUCAUGUAAAUUCACCUUCAAGAUUUAUUUGUUUUGAAGAGCAUUUAAUUGAAUCCUAUGAUAAUCAUCAACAACGUUUAUCAAAUAAUUCAUCUAUUGUCUAAAUGAUAGUAAUGUUUAUACUUAGUUCAAUGUUGUUUAUGUUAUCGUUAUUUGUGUGUUGUAUUGACAUUGUUCAUUUCAUUCAAUGAAGGCCUUUGUGCUUUAAACUUAUUUAAUUUUCAUUCAUUUUGAUAUACGUGUUAUGCAAUAGUUACAAAGAUGGUUUUUAUUCAUUUAUUUACUUUUCCUCUAUUUUCCGACAAUUUGCUCACAGGUGAUAAAAUUAAUUUUCAUUUCUCUCGAGACAAUAAUAAUAACAAUGAUAGAAAUAUAAUAUUAUUUCAAUUAGUUAUGACAGCUAUAUUUUUGAUUAUGUUUGCUUGUCUUUUGCCAGCCGUUUUUUAUUUCAUUUUUAGUUUCUCUUCAUCCUGAAUUUACUUAAACGUAUUUCGACUCUGUCGUUUCUGUAUAACUUCUUUCCAUCAAAUCGUGAUCUCUAAGACAACUUUACUCAUGAUUUAUCUUGUCAGUUUUAUUCUUCUUUCACUCAUGUGUCUAACAUUUUCAUCUUGAUGGACACAAGAAAUCGAUACAUGCACUUACGCCUGUUACCCUUUGUGAAGGAUCAUAGGUCACCCACCAGCAUUCUCCAUAGAACUCUGUCCUGGACACACGUACACACAGUAACAAUAGCACCAUUAUUGACACUUAGCUUUAUCGUUUUGCUUUCAGGUUAUUUUGUUUAUAUUUAUGUUCUUAGUAUUUCUUUAACUAUUAUUGUAACCUAGUCUUUCCUCUGAAAAAGAUUCAUUUUCCUUAUUCAUUUAUUGAUAAUUGAUUGCACUCACGCACAAGUGAUGAAAACCACUGUUUUUAGAAAUAAUUAUCUACUCACAGCUGUCGACUUCCUAUUUAUCUUGGUUAUUAUUAAAAUUAUUGCUUUUUGCUAAUUUACUUGAACAGAUGAAGCAACCUAGAAAAAAAGAUCAUAAUAUUUAUUUAUUAUUGAAUGCGUCAAUGUUUACUUUUCAGUUUUCUUUUAAUUGACAGACUGGUUUGUAUGACUUAAAACUGUAUCUAUAUGACACCAUCAGUUGUUGAUCAGCCAGUCAGUCAUAUACAACGCAGGACCAGGAACAUCGGUCCAAGUUGUCAUACCUCAUUAGCACAACAAGAUGAACACCCAAUUCAUAGAAGCAGUUACUUCAAUGGUAAUAAUAUAG